UAUAUUGCGCAGAGAGAGUUUUCUUGCUUUGAAAAGAUCUCAAUAUGCUAAAGCAAAAGUGAGAGUAAAAUAACGCCAACGCCAAGACAUUUUUACAAAAACCAAGAGGCUGUUGAGGAUAUUUUUUUAAAAUCUACCGACAGUAUUAAAACAGUUGUCAAGUUAUUGAAAGGUACCUCUACACCUAUUAUUGUUAAAAUACAAAAGAAACACAAUGGCUGAACAAAAAAAGGCUCCUUUGCUUAAGAAAGAAGAAGAUUUCGUUAAAGCUCUCGAUGGUUUCAUCAAGCCUGAAGAUCAAGUAGCUCUUUUGUUGGAUUAUGAUGGUACCUUGGCUCCCUUGACCGAAGAAUUGUCGGUUAUGCCCAAGGAUACUGAAAUCAAUAUCAAGAAAUUGGCUGCCAAUGAAAAAAUCUUCAUGUGUGUCUUCUCUGGACGUGAAUUGAAUGAAAUCAAGAAUCACUUGAAAUUCCCCAAUGUUACCUAUGCCGGUAAUCAUGGUCUCGAAGUUGAAUACCCUUCAGGCAAGAAAUUCAAGAUUGAAAUGCCCGAAGAAUUGUUGGAAAAACACAACAAAUUGGUAGCUGAAUUAAAGGAAAAGGUGGUCUGCUCCGGUGCCUGGGUUGAAGACAAGAAAAUCUCCGUUACAUACCACUACAAGGGUGUUAAUGACAAAUUGAAGGGUAAAUUGAUUGAAACCGCCAAGGGCUUGAUCCAAAGCCAUGGCUUCCAAUUGAUCGAAACUCCCUACGCUUUGGAGGGCAAGCCACGUGUCAACUGGGAUAAGGGUAAGUCAUUUAAAAGUCACUAAACAAUAGCAACAAAA